AUGACGAAAUCUAUCUCGCCUGCUGAAACAAACCUACAAAGCAAGGAAAAAAUCCCAUUCUUCAAAUUUGUUCUUACUGGAGGACCAUGUGCAGGAAAAACCACUGCAUUGGCUAGAAUUUAUUCCUACUUGCGAGAGAGAGGAUUUGAAGUUAUUACCUGCCCGGAAUGUUUCACAAUCUUGGCUUCAAAUGGUCUUUCUUUGGAUUUUUUUGGCGUUGAUGGAAUGGACAAAAUCAUCCAGAACAGUGUUAUGGAUAUUCAGAUUUCCAUGGAGGAAGGACUUGAAAAAACGCUGCGAGGAUUUGGCAAGCCUGCAGUCUUGCUUUGUGAUAGAGGUCCCAUGGAUGGUGCUGCGUAUCUAUCGGAAGAGAAGUGGAAUUCGAUUCUUAAAGAGCGAGGUGUGACUGUCACUGAUCUUAGGGAUAGGAGGUACAAUGCAGUCUUACAUAUGGUGACAGCUGCUGAUGGAGCUGAAGCAUUCUACACCCUCGAAAACAACGCCGUGAGAUCUGAAGAUGCGGCAACCGCAAUGACUCUUGAUAGAAAGACGCAAAAGGCUUGGUCGGGACACGCACAUCACUAUGUCUUUGACAAUGCAACUGACUUUGAAGGAAAGUUGCAACGCAUCGUUGACACUAUCUCCAAGCUGGUUGGGUUGCCAUCCAAUUUGUCUCGACGAUCGGCCAAGUUUUUGCUGAAAAGCGUUCCCGAUCCUAAAAGUUUCCCCGAAGAUGUUGUAUAUCAUUCUUUUGAGGUGGAAAAGGUCUACCUUGUGAACCAGGACGCUGAUAAGGAAUCCUACAGUUUCAUUCGCAAGCGGACAACAAUUGAUAGAGAUGGAAAAUUGAUGGGGACAGUGUACCAAAUUACGACGGUUCAACAAACUGCAGAUGGAGAAACCAUUGAACAAAAAAGAAUAAUCAAUGCUCGGGAAUACAACACGGCAUACAAGUCUAGAGAUUCAUCGCGCCACAUCAUUGUGCAGAAGCGUAUCAGUUUCUUGUACAAGCUUCAGAGCUUCACUAUCCACCAAUAUGAGAAACCUUCGAAGGGGCUUUGCUUCCUUCAUGCCCAGGUGGAGACAGGUACUGACAGUGCAAGAGAGGCCAAGUGCAAAGUCGAAAUACCGCAAUUCUUGGAUGUCGAUAGAAGACUCAAAGGAGCCGAGGAUGAGCGAAAAUAUGGUGCAUACGGCUUGUCUUUGAUAACCGAAUGA